AAUAAUGCCAGAGUCGUGCAGGAAAAGGUAUUUUACUAAGCGUUUGGAACAAAUAUCCAGCAUAGGCUGCUCACAGAUGAAAGCAUGGUGUCUCAGAAGAAUACCUAUUUUGGAGUGGGCUCCCAAGUACAACCUGCGACAAAACCUGAUUCCUGACUGUAUCUCCGGAACGAUGCUGACAGUUCACCAGGUGGCACACGGUUUGGCAUUUGCUGUGAUGUCAUCGGUUCACCCAAUGUUUGGAUUAUACGGGUCUGUAUUCCCGCCAUUGAUCUAUGCCAUAUUUGGUAUGGGCAGACAUGUUUCCACAGGUACUUUUGCUAUCACAUCCCUGAUCUCUGCUUCAGCGGUUGAGAGACUUGUUCUUUCGAACAAUGGCACUGCCACUAAUGGCUCAUUGGGAGAUGUGGCUAUGUCUGAUUUUGAAAUGCAAAGAAUAGGAGUUGCGGCAGCUGUGACCUUUCUAGGUGGAGUCAUACAAAUGUCAAUGUCUUUGCUGCAGUUGGGGGGUUCCACUUUUCUUCUUUCAGAGCCUGUAGUCAGUGCAAUGACAACAGGAGCAGCAACUCACGUGGUGACGUCACAAGUCAAGUUCCUGCUAGGAAUGAAGAUGCCUUAUAUAUCUGGACCUUUGGGGAUGUUCUAUAUUUAUAUCUACAUUUUCAAAAACAGCAACAUGAUCCAAAUAUCAGCCCUGUUGUUGUCCCUUCUGUCCCUCACAGUGCUCAUUCUGACAAAAGAGCUGAAUGAGAAGUAUAAGAAUCAGAUCAAGUUUAUUAUUCCUAUUGACCUGAUACUAAUCACGGUCACCUCCCUUGCUUGUUAUUUUGCCAAUAUGGAAGAGGAUUAUGGCAUUGAAGUAAUCGGAUAUAUUCCAAAAGGAAUUCCUCUUCCUCAGGCCCCAGAGAUGGAUGUUCUACAGCAGGUUGUGGUGGAAGCCUUCAGUGUUGCAUUGGUUGGAUACACAGUUUCCAUAUUUCUUGCCUAUAAUUCAGCCAAAAGAUUUAAAUAUUCUGUUUCUGAAAAUCAGGAGCUCUUUGCCCAUGGACUCAGCAAUAUCAUUCCAUCAUUUGUCUUCUGUAUACCAAAUGCAGGAGCACCAGCCCGGACAUUUUUCUUAUAUAGCCAUGGCGCACAGACACAGGUCAGCACUCACAGGAUUUUAUUUAUUUAUUUUAAUAUAUUAGGGUUCGCUUUAGGUCGGUCAUUCACUCGGCUGCCUAUGUGCAUUUUGGCUAGUCUCAUUGUUGUUGGAUUGAAAGGAAUGCUCAGACAGUUCCAAGAUUUGAAGAAAUACUGGAAUGUUGAUAAAUUUGAUUGGUUAAUAUGGAUUUGCACCUACCUGGUAACAAUAUGCUUUGCUGCAAAUAUUGGUUUGCUGUUUGGUGUUGUCUUUAAUAUCGCAGUAGGAGUAUUUAGAUUAACCAGAGCAAAGACGCUUCAGCUCAUACAUCUAGAUGAAGAUUUUAGCUCAGUGAGUGAAGAAGAAAACUCCUCGUAUUUCUGUGACUUUAAAGUCAUAUCUAUUGAUUCACCACUGUUAUUUCUCACUGCCAAGAAAUUCUGCAAUGAUAUUCUGAAACUGAAUCAGAGUAUAAGAACAAGAAGAAAGCCCCAUCAGAUGUUCUUAGUCUUCCAGGAUGAUGAUGCCCAAUUUGCUGUGAACUAA